AUGCGGGCGAAAGCCGCCGCUGUCGUCUCUGUUUCGGCUGCGGUUGCGGCUGCGGCUGCGACCGCGAGCGCCGGGGAUCUGGUCCCCCGACAUGUGGUACUGGCGCCGCUGGCGCUCGCGCGCCAUAUUGGCUCGCGGCGGCGACGUCGGCCUAUCCGCGAAGCGCACGUGUCGGGGGUCGUCGCUACUUCCCCGGCGGUGCCGCCGCCCGCGGCUGCCGCUCCGGCCCCUAUUGUUGCUGCCGCCCCGGCCCCUGCUGUUGCUGUUGCUACCGCCCCGGCACCUACUGUUGCUGCCGCCCCGGCACCUACUGUUGCUGCCGCCCCGGCCCAUAUGGUUGCUUCCGCUCCGGCCCCUGUUGUUGCUGGCGCUCCGGGUCCGGUCGUUGUUUCCUAUGUGGCUGCUGCUCCGACCCCUUGUACUGCUGCUGUCCCGGCGGUUGCUGUUGUUGUUGUUGAUGUUCGUGUUGCUGUCGCGGUGACCGCGGCUUCGCGAGCGCGAGCGCGGGCUGCUGCCGCGGGGCUCCACGCCCAUCCCGCGAAGCUGGCGCCGAAGGCUCUUGACAUUUUGCCGCAAUUGUUCGCGCUCCAAGGAAGCUUCACGCCGCUUGUUGACCUGGUCUUGGAUGACCUGCUCCUGUUUCUGAAGGAUCUCCUCCGCGUCCUUGGCCAGGGUUACCCAAUUGUGGUCGCGCUGAUGGUCCCAGCGCAUAUCCUGGAGCUUUUUGACCAUUUCGAAGACGGCGACCGUGUUGAUUCAAACGAUUGA